AUGGCUCCUAGGAUGUGUCAGGUUUUUAUGGCCGUGGCCCUGAAUAUUUGUAGUUUUUCAGCCGCUCGAGGACCCGCAUGUCAAGACUUGGCCCUUCACAUUGGUGGCUUCUCAAGUUUCAGUAUCACGAACUCCAGCCAGGUUGGAGGCCAGUCCAUAUCUUUCCCGACUGCGAAGACUCUCACCAAUAACAUUCCUCUGUGCCGUGUCCAAGGGCAUGUUGGGUACGCCCUGAACAAAUCCAUCGGGGUUGAGGUCUGGUUGCCGUUUGCAGAUCAGUGGAAUGGUCGAUAUCUCGUCGUUGGCAAUGGGGGUUUGGCAGGUAACAUCGACUACGUCAGUAUGUUGCAACAGCUGAACGCUGGAUAUGCGGUGGCGGCGGGAGAUUCUGGUCAUCUAUUGUCCAACAAUGGUAAUGGGACCACAGCGCCGGGUCAGAAAAUCCCAUUCUUGCAAGACCGUGAGGAAACAAUUGAAUGGAUACAUCAAUCGAUCGCUUCAUUGACCACUCCAACUCGUGGCUUGGUGGAGAGCUUUUACGGACAGCCCCCUUCGCAUUCGUAUUAUCAGGGAUGUUCGACAGGCGGCGCGCAAGGGUUUGCUCUUGCUCAAUAUCAUCCCGAGCUCUUUGAUGGCAUCAUUGCUGGCUGUCCGGGAAACUGGUACAGCCAUCUGAUUCUUAGUUUCCUUUGGAAUCACAUCCAUGCCAGAGAUGCAUUCCUUGAACAAGAAACUCUUGACUUCAUUGCAAAUGCAACCGUGAAAAGUUGUGACGACUUGGACGGUGUCAAGGACGGGGUUAUCGAGAAUCCUCUCGAGUGCCAGUUCAACAUCUCACAACUCCAGUGCGCUUCUGGCCAAGAACGGAACUCCACAGAUGGUGGGAUCCAGUGCCUCACGGCUGGGGAAGUCGCAACCUACAAGGCAAUUCGAGCAGGUCCAAUAGAGGUCGACACAGGACGCAUGGUGUAUCCAGGAUUUGAUCUUGGGUCCGAGAGUUCGUGGCUUCUGCAACAGGAGGUGUUGGCAAUCAACUAUACCGUGCCCAUCGUCCAGAACUUGGUGUUCCGAGAUUUGAAGUAUGACUAUACGGCAUUUAACUUCUCGUCUCAGGAUCUUAAGCUAGUUGAUUCCCGAGCCUCGCCAUACAUCGACUCGAUAUCUCCAGACCUGCUCGCCUACAAACAGAAGGGCGGCAAGAUGAUUGUGUACCAAGGCUGGGCCGAUGCAUUCAACGCGGGGACUUGGCCGAUUAAACAGCUGGAGCAGACAGACGCGUUUCUCACCUCACUAGGCGGUUUCGCAGGCAAUGCUUCCGAGUUCUAUCGCUUGUUCAUGGUCCCCGGCGGUGGCCACUGUGGUCCAUCCGCUCCGUAUCCGCAGGUCCCAGGGAAAUACCAUGUGCUGGAUGCGCUCACUGCAUGGGUCGAGAACGGCACGGCGCCGCUGCAGGUGAAGAGCUCCGCUCCGCCAGAUGCGAGUAACCGGACAAGAAAGCUGUGUCCUUGGCCACAGACGGCGGAAUUGGUGGGAGGUAAUCCUGACGAUUGGGAGUCUUUCCACUGUGUAGAUUGA